UGUAUCUUCUACCAGUUUCUUGAGCUGUCCUCUGAUUGUCCUCCUCUAGAGCACAUGGAAGAGCUGCAGUCAGACGGCUCACCGGAGUCUCCUCUGCGCUUCGUCUUCAAUCUCAGCAGCGUCCCAGAGGAAGAACUAAUUUCUACUGCAGAGCUUCGUAUCUACAGGCAACAGAUAGAUGAUGCAAUCUCAGAUCCCCAACCCACGGGAGACGACGGUCUCCACCGGAUAAACAUAUACGAGGUGCUGAAGCCCCCGCGGGCCGGGCAGCUCAUCACGCAGCUGCUGGACACUCGACUGGUGUGCCACAACACGACCCGAUGGGAGAGCUUCGACGUGAGUCUGGCCGUGCUGCGCUGGACCCACGACAAGAGCUCCAAUCACGGCCUGGCCGUGGAGGUGGUGCCCCUGAACCCAACCUCGCGUCACCAGGGACUCCACGUACGCGUAAGUCGCUCCUUGCAUCCGCUUCCGGAAGAAGACUGGAACCAGCUUCGCCCGCUGCUGGUCACGUUCGGGCACGACGGCAAAAGUCACCCGCUGACGCGGCGAGCGAAGCGCAGCCCGAAGCAAAGAGGUCGCAAGCGCAACCGUAACUGUCGGCGACACGCACUUUACGUGGACUUCAGCGACGUGGGCUGGAACGACUGGAUCGUGGC